UCAAAAUAAGAAGAAAGAAGAAAUGGAGCAGCACUAAACCAUAAUUUUUUUAAAAAAAAGAAAACUGAAUUCUCUUAAUAUCAUUUAUCUUUUAAAAAGUCAGAGUGGCGGGUAAUAAGUGUGGAAGAAGAAUGUUUCUGUCUCUUCCUACGUUGACUGUCCUUAUUCCGCUGGUUUCUUUAGCAGGACUGUUCUACUCAGCCUCUGUGGAAGAAAACUUCCCUCAGGGCUGCACUAGCACAGCAAGCCUCUGCUUUUAUAGUCUGCUCUUGCCGAUUACCAUACCGGUUUAUGUGUUCUUCCACCUUUGGACUUGGAUGGGUAUUAAACUCUUCAGGCAUAAUUAAUACAACCAGAUCCAAGAUGGUCUUGGGCCUUUCUCUGAAAGUUCAACCAGAUUGAAAUACUGGAACCCCGUUUAGUUUGCAGGAAAGGUACUUUGCCUUGCUUCUGUCAGAAGCUUAGGACUAUGGGAGGCUUAAGCUGCAGGAGCUUCUUUUAUUAUACUCUUGUUCUGCCCUUAUUUUUUCAAAGUUCUGAUUUAUAACAACUACUAUAUCAGAAGAAACAUUUUGACAAGUGUCUUGGAAAUUAAUAGCCUCAUCCAUCAGCUGAUAACUUUAUACUUUAUCCUACUCGUCUAAAAAGUUAGUCAUUUGAAAUGUUGUUUGGUUAUUUAGAUUUAAGCUGUUUAGUCAAGUCACAUGCUAGGAACGAUUGAAACAAUUCCAGAGAAGCUGUGCUAGAAGAGUUCUAAAGAAAUGCCUUUGAACUGGUGUGAUAUAAAACCUUACAAUAAAAUGGAAAUUUCACAUACUUAGAAAAAA